AAAACACAUCAUAAUUCAUAAACAAAAAGAAAACGAAAUACUUUUGCUGUUAUGCAUAAGCCAACUUCACCGAAAAAAUAAGUCAUAAGAUAAUUGUAAUUGACAAACUAUAGAUGCAAAAAGCCAUCUUUGCAAUUAGAAUCCCAUUGACUCUCUCUCCUCAACUUUUAAGCAUCUCAACAAACACAUCCUUAUCAUCUUUUCUCUUCAAUCUUCACUCUUACUCUCAAUUCGCAAUUUUUACUUGUUAAGGUAUAAAUUGCGUGCGAGGUGUCGUUGGCUCAAAAGUUUUGAAGUCCACGUGAAUUUCUUUGUCAUUCUUGAUUUGAACUUGACGUAAAUCUUGAUUGAAGUUUGGUUUUUAUGUUUCUUUGGCUGAUAUUUUUGGUUGCUUUGGUGUAUGUCGUUUGGAGAAGUGGAAUAGUAGUAGAUAUCAUGGGAGGUAAAAGUUCGAAAAGUUCAUCGAGGAGGAGGUCGAUGCCACCAUCAUACGAGUGGAAUUCUAGCCAAAAUUAUGGGUAUCCACCGACAUCUCCCUAUCCAUCUCAGCCAAGUUAUGCACCUCAAACACCUUAUAGAUCUCAUCAACCUCAGUAUGCGCCAUCACCAUCACCAUCGCCAUCGCCUCAUAAUUAUGCUCCUCCUCCUCCAAGUGCUACACGACCUAAGAAGACUUUAGAAAGAAAAUAUUCGAGGAUUGCAGACAACUAUCGCACCUUGGAUGAGGUUACUGCAGCACUUGCACAUGCAGGUCUCGAGUCUUCCAAUCUGAUUGUUGGCAUUGACUUCACAAAGAGCAAUGAGUGGACAGGUGCCAAGUCAUUCAAUAGACGAAGUCUACAUCACAUUGGAAAUGAUCCAAACCCGUAUGAGGAAGCAAUAGCAAUUAUUGGAAAAACUCUAUCUGUAUUCGAUGAAGAUAAUUUGAUUCCAUGUUAUGGAUUUGGAGAUGCAUCGACCCAUGACCAGGAUGUCUUCAGCUUCUACGAGGAUGAUAGACCCUGUCAAGGGUUUGAGGAAGUUAUGUCACGUUAUAGGGAGUUAGUUCCCCAGCUCCGUCUAGCUGGGCCAACCUCUUUCGCCCCAGUUAUUGAAAUGGCCAUGACUAUUGUCGAGCAAAGUGGUGGACAAUAUCAUGUUUUACUGAUUAUUGCCGAUGGACAGGUAACAAGGAGCGUUGACACGCAGCAAGGAAACCUUAGCCCACAAGAACAGAAGACAAUUGAGGCAAUAGUUCAAGCAAGUGAAUAUCCCCUGUCGAUAGUUUUGGUUGGAGUGGGAGACGGCCCAUGGGACAUGAUGAGAGAGUUUGAUGAUAACAUUCCUGCUCGGGCAUUUGAUAAUUUCCAAUUUGUGAAUUUCACUCAAAUCAUGUCGAAGAAUAUGGACACAUCGAAAAAGCAAACAGAAUUUGCGCUCUCAGCCUUGAUGGAAAUACCUUCUCAAUACAAGGCCACUCUAGAGCACGGCAUAUUGGGUCGUAGAACCGGACAUUGUUCGGAGAGGGUUUGUCUUCCUCCACCUCAAUACAAUUCCCCUUCCGGAGGCAUGGGCUCAAAAUCAUAUUCCCGUACAAGCAGCUUUCAGCAAAGUCCUCCGACUUAUCCUCGUCCAGAACCUGCACUUGGCACAAGUUCAUCUUCUGCUCCUGCUUAUAGUAGUAGCACAGCGCCACCCUCAACUUCUGCUUAUGAAAAUCAGCUUUGUCCCAUAUGCAUUACCAGUCCUAAAAAUAUGGCUUUCGGCUGUGGGCAUCAGACAUGCUGUGAUUGUGGAGAGUUUCUGGAUGCUUGCCCAAUUUGCCGACGUUCAAUCGAGACCAGAAUAAGACUGUACUGAAAGAUUUGGCAUCUCUGAUGUCUUUUAGGCGGUAAUAUUCACCGGUGUAGCAGUGUCCCGUUAGUCUAUAGAGGUGGUGAAUAUGUUGUCUAUUUUUGCCUUGCAACAACUAAAGCAAAACAUUUAAAGUUGAACCAAAAAUCUGAAGUGUCAUCCUUAUGGAGGGAUCUGUUUCUUGUCUAUGCAGCUAUGUGAGAUUGGAGAACUGUCGGUGAUUAGCCCUAAGACAGGCAGGGAACGCUGAUGCAUUGAGUUGCAAGUAUGAGUCUGGUUUCACUGUUCAAUCAGCUGCAAUUCAUUGGAUUUUUUUUUUUUGUAAAGUUAUCUUUUUUUAGUUGUUGUUAUGGCCUAAUUUUUUCUCCCCACCAGUCCAGCUUUGAUAAUCUUCAGUUCCAGUAUAUUUUGGCUGAUUGUUGACAACCACAAAUUGAUGUAAAUAUGAGUUUUCUUGUCAUUAUCUAUGAAAAGAUCACGAGAAGCUAAUUCUUCUAA